CUCGCGUCGAGGCAGGCUAGGCUGCGGGAGCGCGCCGUCAAAACGCGCUAAUAGCUCGCGGCUGCUGUGCUGCGCAGUCGUACGCGCUGUACGAUUCAUACUGCGCGAGCGCCGCGCGAGCCGCGGCUGCUGUGGAUCGUCAUCGCCCUCUACAACCCAGCCUUCUAUUUUGCAAUUGCGCAGCGAUGUCGACCAUGAUCGACGCCGACGCGGCGAGGCGCGAAGGCUUCGUGCCCCUCGGCGCCUCGCGGAAGGGCUCCAGCUUCCGGGGCGGCCGCGCGGCCGCGAACGACACGGCCGCCGAGAUCGGGAGCCUCGGCAAGGGUCAUUUCCUCCAGGAGCAGAUCGUCAAGGGCCCGGCGGCGUCGUUACCAAGACGGAAAUCAUUAGAUGAGCGCAACGAGGCGAAGGAUCAAGCGCUCUACUACUCGUUAAGGGACCGGAUCCCGAGCGAUUUAGCCAUGACGCCGGGCGCCGGCGGCCAGGCGUUGCGGCGGGUCAUGCUCCACGGCGCGACGGUCGUUUUUGUGACGCCGGGCUACGAGGGCAAGCGCUUCGUCUUUGAAAGGGCGAAGGAUUUAGGAGUGCGAAGCGUCGUCAUCGACGCGCCGGGGUCCUGGGCCGAGCGCAUGGUUGGCGAGCGGGUCAUCGCGAAGUUUAUACCGUUGGAUUUGAAUCGCGACUCGACGUCCGUAUUAAAUGACUGCGCGGCGGCCAUAAGGGCACUAGGGCGCGAGGAGGGCUUCUCGAUGCCGGCGGGCGUCUGCACGUUCUGCGAGCUCAGCGUGCCUUUGGUCGCGCGCCUCGCCGAGACGCUGGGCCUGCCGGGGCCGUCGUCGGCGGCCGUCGACACGGCCCGGGACAAGCACUCGACGCGCGCGGCGAUGAAAGCGGCUGGCUUACCGUCGCCGAGUUGCUACCGGGUGAACGACGAAACUGAUCUCAAACAAGCGGCUUCUGUGGUCGGCUUCCCCGCGGUGCUCAAGCCGCUGAACGGCGCGGCGUCGUUAGGUGUCAAGAAGGUCGACUCUGAAGCUGAACUACAAAGGUGCUACGCGGAUGUACUGGCGGAGAUGCGCGCCACGGUCGUCUCGUCGGGUGCACUCGUGAAGAAGGACCCGACGGCGCCAUCGGAUCCCAAUGGAGAGGACCCGUCGUUCCUGCUCGAGGAGUAUUUGGACGGGCCGGAGGUCGACGUGGACGUGGUCAUGGGUUUAGGCGAGGCGAGGUAUGCCAAAGUGGUAGACAACGGGCCGACGGCGGAGCCGUACUUUGCCGAGACGUGGGGCGUGUGUCCGUCUUUAUUACCAGCCGAGGGGCAAGCAUCGCUACAAAAACUCGCCAUUGACUCAUUAAAGUGCUGCGGCUUCGACUGUGGGGUGUUUCAUGUGGAGUGCAAACUUACGAGUAGAGGUCCGCGAUUGAUAGAAAUCAACGCGCGCAUGGGCGGCGGGCAGGUGCGCAAAACACAUUUACUGGCUUCUGGCGUGGAUCUGGUCGAGGAGACGUUAUUCACGGCCGUGGGCAUCCCCUGCAACCCCCACGUCUCGAUCGAGAACACGGCCGUCGCGUAUACUUAUGUCACGAACCAGAAGUCGGGCGUGGUGGAUGGGCUGGCGAGUGCGGCGAAGCGGGUCGCGGAGACCGAUAAAAGUGUGGCGUACUGCAAGCCCCUCGUCAAGGACGGGGCGGCGAUCGUGGGCUCGGACGACGCUUUACCGGAUUGGUUAUUAGACGUCAUGGUGACGGACAGCGAUGCGAAACGGGCGCUGGACCACGUGCUGUCCGUGGCGACGGCGCUCGACGUGCCGCGGUUCGUGCGCUGAGCGAUGCCUCAUUUGGGGGUGUGCACAUAUUCCCAACAUCAGUGUAUAAGUAGUAUCUCUUUAUGA